AUGCCUGGCCGAGUUGCCGCACGCUCGACAUCUGCCACGACGCGCAGGUCAUCGGCACAGCCCUCCGCGGGUCGCGCUCCCUCGGUGACCCCGUCGUUUGCGAUCCCCGAAGAACCCGCCCUCCCGUCAACAUUGCCCAAUCUCCGCCGCGAUGUAUGCGCUAUAUUUGCUGAUGCUCAGCGAUCGACAACCGGACACAGGAAGCUGGUGGUGCGUCUCCGCAAAUUGCAGGAGAUCUGCUCCGGAAUCGUUCAAAGGAACAAGAAGAACAAGGAUCAGGAACCGGAGGAGAUUGUGAUCCCAGAAGAACAGACACCGGCGGAGCAAGAAUUCAAUGUGGAAGUGGGCCGCUGUAUACUUCGCAUUCUUCCAAUUAAGAAGUCGGAGCCGGUCGGUGACCGGGUCCUGCGUUUCCUGGACGCUUUCCUGGCCCAUGCCCUUGACAAAGACAUUGAGCUUUUCGGUUCGAAGGAUGACGAGUAUGAAAUGCAAUCUACCGUUGAAAAUCCAAGCACGCGUUUGACCUCGAGUCUUGUGUCGUUGAUGACACCCAUUCUUGCAUCCAAAGAUAAGGUGGUGCGAUUCCGUGCUACCCAGAUCAUCUCACAUAUUAUCAACACGCUGGAAUCAUGCGAUGACGAACUAUACCACGCCAUUAGGCAGGGCUUGCUGAAACGGAUUCAUGAUAAGGAAUCUUCCAUCCGUGUUCAGGCAGUGACUGGUCUUGCACGGCUCGCCGGAAACGAAGAUGACGGUGAUAGCAAUGACGACAGCUCGACCGCCCUUCGCGAAAAAUUGAUUGAAAUCAUGCAAAAUGACACCAGUGCUGAUGUACGAAAGAAUCUCCUGGCUACUCUCCCACUAGCCCAAGCGACUCUCCCCUCUCUCCUUGAACGAGCCCGCGAUCUCGAUGCACCGACCAGACGUACAUUGUAUUCCAAACUCUUGCCUACACUUGGUGAUUUCCGUCAUCUUUCUCUUGGAAUGAGAGAAAAGCUGCUCCGGUGGGGCUUGCGAGAUCGCGAUGAAAGCGUUCGCAAGGCAACCGGAAAGUUAUUUUACGAUCGUUGGGUGGAAGAUUGCGCGGGCACAAACAACGGCGAGAACGCUGGUCACCGCUCGGCUCCUAAUAUAAAUGCACUUCUUGAACUACUGGAAAGAAUCGAUGUGAUCAAUUCUGGUGUCGAAAGCGGCAUUGCUCAUGAAGCAAUGCGCAGUUUCUGGGAAGGUCGGGCUGAUUACCGAGAGGCUGUUGUUUUUGACGAGCCUUUCUGGGAAUCCCUUACCGCUGAGUCAGCUUUCUUGCUCCGAUCUUUCAAUGACUUCUGUCGGGUGGAGAACGAAGGCAAGUAUGAUGACUUGGCAGAUGAGAAGAUGCCGACUGUAACCGCACUGGCUUACUUCCUUUCUAAAUACACAACCGAUCUUCUACAGCGGAAAAAGCUUGCCAAGGAAACAGGAGAUGCCAAUGACGAAGAUGCUGUUGAACAAGAAUUCAUUGUUGAGCAGCUUCUGCACAUCGCGAUCACCUUAGACUACAGCGAUGAAGUUGGGCGACGGAAAAUGUUCUCUCUCCUCAGAGAGUCUUUGGCCGUGCCAGAGCUCCCAGAAGAAUGUACCAAGCUCGCGGUUGAGACUCUUCGUUGUGCCUGUGGCCCUGACCUUGCAGGCGAGAGCGAGUUCUGCAGCGUGGUUCUUGAAGCCAUUGCUGAGGUUCACGAUACUAUCAUCACUGAGGAUAGCUUUGUCUCGGCAAAGUCUGAAAUCAGUGAUGAUACAAGCAGUCGCCACCGAUCUGAAACCCCAGGUGAAGACGAAUUGCCAUUCAACAAGGAAGAGGCCAAGGCCAAAAUUCUGCGUGAAAUUGUGGUCAAUAUGAAGUGUCUCCAUAUUGCUCAAUGCAUGCUUCAAAAUGUUGAGGGCAAUUUACAGCAUAAUAUGAACCUAGUCACAAUGUUGAACAACUUGGUUGUGCCCGCUGUGCGCAGUCAUGAGGCCCCCAUUCGUGAACGCGGUCUUCUGUGUCUCGGUCUGUGCUGCCUGCUAGAUAAGAAUUUGGCUGAAGAGAACAUGACUCUUUUCAUCCAUUGUUAUAGUAAAGGUCACGAAGGCCUCCAAGUGACUGCCAUCCAGAUCAUUUGUGAUAUGGUUACGACCCACCCUUCACUUCUUGCUCCGGUAACUCAGGCUGAUGGUGAAACCGUUACACCUCCUUCAAUUCAAAAACCCCUGCUCAAACCACUUCCCCCUAGCGUUCAGUCGGGAGCAGCCACCGCGUUGUCUAAGCUCUUGCUCACCAGCACGUUCACCCCGUCUGGGCCGAACGUGCCACCCGCAAUCCAGGAAUACAAUCAAAACGCCGUGGAGACUCUCCUGCAGAACCUUGUGGUAUCUUUCUUUCAUCCACGAACCCGCGAGAAUCCAGCUCUUCGUCAAGCUUUGGCAUAUUUCUUCCCUGUCUACUGCCAUUCCCGUUUGGAAAACACCCAUCACAUGCGCCGAGUGGCAGUCCCUGUUAUUCGAGCCGUGGUAAACGCAGCCGAGGAACACUACUCGUUAGAGGCCGAGGAGGACAGUGACGGUGAAAUCGACGAGAGCAUUGGCGAGCGUGAAAUCAAGGCCCUCAUGACGGGCGUUCUAGGCAUGCUUUCAGAAUGGACUGAUGAACGCCGUGUUGUCGGUCUUGGUGGUGAACGUAUCCUUGCCGGCGGUUCGGCUAGCUCGAGUACCUGCGGAUGGGUGCACAUGGCUCUAACUAAGGACAUUCUGGAGCGUGUUCUGGGCAUCAGUGCCGGUCCCAACCGUUGCUCACGGGAAGAACGGAAGCUUCUCUUCUCACUUCUAAGCAAGCUCUACGUCGCUGCUCCUACAAUGCCAUCUCGCCCUGGCUCUCGAGCUCCUGAAGGCGAGGACCAAUUCCGAAGCAGUAUUCGCAGUGCAACUGGAAUCGAGUUUGACCCCAAAAACCUUCAAUUGGCUCAGGAGGUCAAGGAGCUUCUAGAUCAGACUAUUGAAGAGGGCCUCGCCGCCGAGGCCUCCAGUCGCAAUGCCCUUGUCAAGAGCAAGAAUUCUAUUCUCAAGAUUCUCGCUGUCGCUCAGGAUGCCCGCGCUGCCAGCGUCCGCCCUCGUGCAGGUACCGAGGAUCUUGAGAGUGAUGCUGGAAGUGUUCGCUCAGCGAGCGUCCGACGCUCUGUGGAGCCUACGGGGGCUAGCCGCCGCCAUUUCUCUGUGGAGCCAAGUAUCAUGGAGGAGGACGAGGGCGAUAAUGAUGACAGUCGUAUCCGAUCUGGCAGUGUUCGGCCUUCUGUUGAAGGCGGUACUUUCAAUCGCAAUACGGUUGCCGUGGAGCCUAGCAUCAUAGAAGAGGACGAAGAAGAUGAUCAUGAUACGAGUCGGGGCACCAUUAUCAAAGAGGAAACCGCUGAUGAGUAA